AAAUCAAGGACAAUAAUAUCCAGCGAAUGAAAUCAGACGAGGCAGAUUGUCUGUCUCCACUCUCGCUCUGGAGGAGCUUUCUGCGGGGCUUUUGAUUGGUUCGUCCUGUGAUUGUAUGUAAAUCGGAUCGGGACGCAGCCAGUAGGUGAGGUUGGAGUUGGUGGCUGGUGCCUCAGUGGCACAGGAGACAAGAGAGUGAGGUUAGACCGCUGCUUCUAACGGAGCUGUCCACUCCUCCGGUGGUGCUGUGCUGAAAAUCAGGGAUUCGCUCUUUAUACAAAAUGGUUGAUGGUAUUCGAAAAGGAUUUACAGACUACCCGUUUAUAAAUUUAUUCUAAGUUAUAUUGUGUGGAUUUCUAGUUACAAACGGUGGAUUUCAUCUAAUCCAUUUGAUAUAUAGUUGUUGUGAACUACAGUUUUUUUUCUAAUCUCGUGCGGAUUAUCCUUCUGGAUGGUUUGCGUCUGGACAUACAGGAUCAGACCAAUGAAGACACCCAGAUGGUGCUCGUUGGCAUUCUUGUUGGGAAUGGUCUCCCUCGGAGCGGGAGUGGGAGUCGUCGAGGGGAGGCCCGGCAAGGAGGAGGGAUUCGUGCCGCCACCCUAUCGACCUGUCGUGAGGUUCCGACACAAGCAGGAUGGGAUCCCAGGGAGUUUGCGGAUAAAGGGGUUUUUAGGCCAUAACAAUGGCUUCCAGAGUCCUUGUGAGCACAAGUACUGUGGCCUGGGGCGUCACUGUGUGGUCAACCAUGAGAGCAGUCAAGGGGAGUGCAUCUGUUUGGACCGCUGUAAACCACACUACAAGGCAGUGUGUGGCUCGGACGGGAAGCUGUACCAGAACCACUGUGAGCUCCACCGGGCCUCCUGUCUGGGUGCACAGAGGAUAACCAUCAUGCACAGCGAGGAAUGCUUCUACAAAGAUGACAACUGCAGACUGAGUGACUACCGGAGGCUGAAGACCAAGAUUCUGGACAUGUAUGACCAGAGAUACAUGGCAACUGGCAACCGUGGGAGCCAUAAAAACAACAUGGCCACCAGGAAGAAGCUGGUCGAUGUUGUGUUUAAGCGCUUCGACGCCGAUGGUAGCAGGAGAGUAGACAGCAGUGAACUAUCACAGGUCAUCAAGCAGGAAGGUCUGUUCAAGGAGGUCUCUGAGUGCACCCUGUUUGACCUUCUCAAAUACACCGACAUCAACGACGACGAGCACCUGACAAAGGACGAGUUCUAUACAGCUUUCGAAGUGUUCCAGCUCACCCUGCCAGAUGACCAGAAAUUGAGCAUCACCACGGUAACUGUUGGCCAGAGUGCUGUCUUGAUUUGCGCAAUCAAGGGGGAGCAGAGACCUCCCAUCAUCUGGAAACGCAACAAUCAGGUCCUCAACUCUCUGGAUCUGGAGGACAUCAAUGAUUUCGGAGAUGAUGGCUCAUUGUAUGUCACCAAGGUGACCACCACCCAUAUGGGGAACUACAGCUGCCAUGCCGACGGGUACGAGCAGCUCUCGCAGACGCACAUGCUCCAGGUGAACGUUCCUCCCGUCAUCCGAGUCUACCCAGAGAGCCAGGCCCGGGAGCCAGGGGUGACGGCCAGUCUCCGGUGCCAUGCUGAGGGUAUCCCCAACCCACAACUGGCAUGGCUGAAGAAUGGCAUGGACAUUGCUACCAAGCUGUCUAAGCAGCUCACCCUGCAAGCUAACGGAAGCGAGGUGCACAUCAGCAACGUACACUUCGAGGACACAGGGGCAUACAGCUGCAUUGCCAAAAACGACGCCGGGUUGGACGAGGACAUCUCCUCUCUGUUUGUGGAGGACUCGGCGCGCAAGACCCUGGCAAACAUUCUGUGGAGAGAGGAAGGUCUUGGAAUUGCCAAUAUGUUCUAUGUGUUUUACGAGGAUGGUAUCAAAGUCAUCCAGCCAGUGGCAUGUGAGAUCCAGAGACACAUAAAGCCCAGUGAGAAGCUACUGGGACUUCAGGCUGAGGUUUGCCCCAAGUCAGCGGGGGAGGCCGAGCAGAAGUGUGUGUGGUCAUCGGCGGUCAACGUGAAGGACAAAUUUAUUUAUGUUACACAGCCAACCUUGGCCAGGGUGCUUGUGGUCGACAUCACAGCUCAGAAGGCUGUCCAGACGGUGAGCACCGACCCUUACCCAGUGAAGCUGCACUAUGACAAAUCCCACGACCAGGUGUGGGUCCUCAGCUGGGGAGACAUGGAGAGGAACUUCCCCACUCUGCAGGUGAUCAAUCAGGCCAGCGGGAGUGUGUCCCACCAUACCGUCCACACCCAGCCAGUCGGCAGACGCUUUGAUAGGGUGGAUGAUUUCUUCAUUCCUGCCCCUAGCCUCAUCAUUAAUCACAUCAGAUUUGGAAUCGUCCUCCACAGAAAUGAACCGGCACUCCACAAGAUCGACCUGGAGACCACGUCGUCAGUGAAGAACAUCAGCCUGCGCGAGAAUAACUGCAUCCCCAAGUCUCUGGCUUACUCCCACCUUGGCGGCUACUACUUUGUCAACUGCAGGCCUGAUUCCACAGGCGCCACCCAACCCCAGCUCAUUGUGGACAGUGUGACAGACUCCGUGAUUGGACCCAACGGGGACGUCACCGGCACCCCGUACGUGUCCCCGGACGGUCACUACCUGGUCACGGUGGAUGACCACGAUGGCCUGAUGAGGAUCCAGCAGAUCACGGUGCGCGGGGAGAUUGGCAAGCCCUUCGACAUCCACACCAACCUCCACCUGUCUGACCUGGCCUUCCAGCCGUCGUUCACCGAGGUUCACCAGUACAACAUCUUUGGUACUUCGGGACGCCAAACGGACUCUCUGUACGUUGAGCUGAGCACAGGCAAUGUGAAGAUGAUCAAGAGCCUGAAGGAGGCCACCAAGACUUCCGAUUGGCCGUGGAGCAGUAGGAACCGCGUGAUGACUGGCAGUGGACUUUUCGGACAGUACCUCAUGACCCCGUCCAGGGAGUCUAUCUUCAUCCUGGAUGGUCGUCUCAACAAGCUCAACUGCGAGAUCACUGAUGUCAUCAAAGGCAAUGUAGUGGCGUGGGUUGGCGAGUCGUAGGCCGGUCUGUGUUCAGACGCAUCCUAUGUUAUUAUUAAGGUAAAGUUGCACUGAAUUUGGUUGCAGAUAUAUCAUUUAUUGGGUGUGACGAAAAAAGUAAGACAUUUUCAAAACCAGAAUUGACCGCUCAAAACCGUUUGGAUGUUGGGACCUUCAUUCCAAAAAAUAGGGAGCGAUUUGUUGGUGUUGUUUGCUAGCCGAGUUGAAAUCUUGGCUUUCAACUGGGUGGUUCCACAUGUAGUCAACAUCAAGUUGCUCUCCAAGAUCUUCUAGAGGAUCUCUGUUAAAAUUAGACAAAUUAUCUGCAUAUUAGACUUUUUUUGAUUGCAAGUCUCACUUAUUCAAUUGGCUAGAUGUUUUUCAAUAGUCACAUCAACUGGUGUUUCUAUCAAACGAGGGAGAAAAGAUUUCUAGAUUGUCCUCCUUUGUUUCAUUUACCCCCUUUCCCUCUUUUUUUCCUGUGCCUUGAAGGAAAACACUCCAAAAGAGGAAUUAACCUAAUUAUUCUCGUUGCGGCUGCAGAUUACACCUUUUUGUCUUUGACCCUCCUUCAUGGUGAGAGAUGCUCCAAAAAUCCAUGUUUUUCAAAUUUUCUUUAUCUCGGACUGACGUGGAGCCCAUUCUGGGCUUAUUAAAACAAGCUCUUGCUGAGAUCCAGUCUCAUUUCAAGUGGAGACAGAGAGAUUGAGUUGUCCAUUAUGAUGUAGUGCUGCUUGGUCACCAUUGAUCUCAAAGAGUCAUCAACAGAGCAAAUGGUUUGAAUUCUAUUUCGUCCAACAACCCAAGUCUCAACGACAAUGUUAAUAAAUGUAUACAUCUUAAUAUUUGUGGGAUAAAUUAAUAAUUAAAUUAAAUUUUCCCACUUUGUGUCACAAUGUCAGUGUGUGUAUGUCAAUUUGAAGAAUACCCCUGGCCCAAAAGGAGUCAUACUAUAUAUGAUAUAUAUACUUGCAUAUUGUCAAUCAAUUUUGGCAAUGUGUAACAAAUAUUUAAUAUUACAAUGAAAGAAAGAUACAUUUGUUUAGUUGGAAGUGGGCUUUUGUGGUUGUAGAGAAUAGUGGGCCUUGAGCUGUAUGAGUCUAAUGAGUAUACAAUAUAGAGAGAGAGAGAGUAAAGAGAGAAUAGAGACAGUAGUGAGAGACCUUGGUGUAUAAGCUUAAAAUGCGAGUCACAUUUCUUUUAAAAUCUUACAAGGCAGAGCAUAGUUGGAUGAAUCAGUUGUACCUAUGAAACCUGACAAGUACGUGGCCCGUUGUGCUUAGGACACAAAAUUGUUUCCUUGAAGUACACAUUCUAUGCAUUUUCACCAUAGCACUCUAACACAAACACAGUGAAGAAUUUGUUAAUCCAGUAUUUUUUCGAUUCUAAUGUUGGACACUUGGUUGUCUUAUGGACAGGCCUGUUUUAUGUUCCAAUUAAUGAGACAUUUAAAACAUUUUGAUGUUUUGUUUUAUUUGGUCAAUUCAAUUUCAGUUCAUUUAAAUAUGUUUUUCUUAUCAGAUUUUGUUUGGUGUUGUCUCUUGAUACCCAUAGGACUGUACUGAUUACCUCUGACUUUUCUUAUUGUGUUCUUUAUAUAGAAGCAGAGUUGAAUGAGUUCCUUAACAUGGUAGGUUUCACAACAUUGAGGGCAUUGUUCAUUAUUUCGAGUGUAUACGAACCCUCCUUUUUAAAAAUGAAAAGAGCACCAUGGUCAUCUCGCUAUAGAUGAGGUAAAGGAGUCAAUGGAACGCAGACUGUUCCAUUGACCAGAUUGGCACACAUUCAAUAAAUCUGAUUGAACAAAGUGGAUAUUCGUCAGAACCGUCAUGAUGUAUGUAUUGUAACAGGCCCACAAUGUGCUUACCUAUGUCCGAUUUUCAGGUUUAGAAGACGAGACUGCUAAAUGCUAACUCCCGUUCGUUGAUGGUAGUCAAAGUUGUUUUUUAGCUGUAAUGCAGUUGAUUGGUGAGGAUUACAUUAACAUGUGUAGGGGUUGACAUCCAUACAAGCAUUAUAAUCCGAUUUUUACUUCAACAUAGUGAAAUACACAUUUAAACAAUAGCCUAAAUGUAGACUAAUUUUGCUGGGGGGCAAUGAGGCGACUCGGGAUCUUUCCCCCAUUGCCCUUUCCCCCACUCAUUUCCAUGACAAUUUCAUUGUUUGUUCGAGUUUCCUUGACCUCUUUACCGCAUCUAUCCUUGACCAAGUACAUUUUGAUGUCACCCACUGAAACGUUGUCAUUUCCAUUAUAGCCAUGUACUGUUUGUUGAUUCAUGUGGUCGUUAUUUAUGUAGAGAAUACACGCUUGACAUUUUACCUGAUAAUAAAGUAUAUACCUUUCAAAAUA